GUCUAUGGUUCACGUGGUUCACCACAGUGGUUCACAUCUUGAAGUUUCUGCAAAAAGGAUUUUGAGUGGUGUUACAUAUGUCCAAAUCUUCUAUAAAAAUACUUAUUAUUUACAAAACCUACCACUUAAUUACAUUGAUUGCCAUAGAAGAUGUGUUAUUAUUAUGUUUAGGAAGGUCGCCGUAGGGAUUUCUGGAGGUGUAGAUAGUGCGGUAGCUGCAUUCCUUCUCAAGGGAGCCGGAUUUCAAGUGGAAGGGGUAUUUAUGCGCAACUGGGAUAACAAUUAUGAAGCUGGAUAUUGUUCAGAUGAAAAAGACUUUGAAGAUGCAAUGUUUGUUUGCCGUAAGCUAGACAUACCAUUACAUAGGGUUUACUUCAUCAAGGAAUAUUGGAAUGAUGUCUUUAGUAUAUUACUGAAUGAAUACCAAUCUGGACUGACACCAAACCCUGAUAUAUUAUGCAAUAGAUAUAUUAAAUUUGACAGCUUUUUUGAACAUUGCAGGAGAAAUUUAGCAGUGGAUGCAAUCGCUACUGGACAUUAUGCAAAUACAUCUUUUGGUCCAUUUCUUGAAAAGUAUUCAGAAAAUGAAGGAGUUCGAUUGUUACAACCAGCAGAUAAACACAAAGAUCAAACAUUCUUUUUGUCACAAGUAAAGCCUUUUUCUUUAAGAAGAUGUAUGUUUCCUUUAGCAAACAUACUGAAAAGCAAAGUAAGAGAAAUCGCUAAAGUGGAAGGUCUUUUGAAUGUAGCUAACAAAAAAGACAGUACAGGAAUUUGUUUUAUAGGAAAAAAAAACUUUCAAGAUUUCAUUGAAGAAUAUAUUGAAACAAAAAAAGGUUUAUUUAUAGACAUAGACAGUGGUAAAGAAGUUGGAAAACACAGUGGCCUUCAUAAAUGGACUGUUGGGCAAAGAUGCUGCCUGGCUAACUGCAAACAAGCCUAUUUUGUAUUUAAGAAAGAUUUGGAGUCAAAUAAUAUUUAUGUGGUUGCUGGUACAAGUCAUACAGCUUUAUGGAAUAAGUUAUGCUUCACUGACAAUGCUCAUUGGAUAUAUAGUGAACCACCUGAUUUACAUUGCAAUAAUGUAUUAGAAUGUUAUUUUAGAUUUCAACAUACAAAACCAUUGGUUCCUUGUAAAGUUGUUAAAAAUUAUGAGGGUUUAACUAUUAUACUAAAAACUAAUUUAAGAGCUAUUACAGAAGGACAAUAUGGGGUUCUGUACAAAAAUGGAGAAUGUCUUGGUAGUGCAAAGAUUAAAGAUAUAUGUCAUAAUUUAAAAUUUUCACAUAAUUAUUGAUAGAAUCUUUAUAUUUUUUUGUAAAAAAGUUUCAUUUAUGCUUUUCUUUUUAAAUUUAUUCACCAAGGUUUAAAAAAUCUAGUGGGUAAAUUUGACAGUUUUGUAUAAUCUGAUGUGAAGUUGACUGUAUUUAAAAACAUGAAAUUGGAUUUUGUGUAAAUAAUUUUAAAUACAUAAUAAAUAGACAACAAUCAACAUAGCUUUGAUCUCAAACUGAAAGGCUCAAAGCCUGUAAUAAAGAGCUGAAACACUCAAGUUUCUAUAACAACCCAGUCCUGAGAAAAAGAAAGUUUGUUUUCUAUAUUUAUCCAGACUUCUAUGUAUAUGGUCUACAUUAUCCUGUCCAGGAAUACCAUCGGAGCUUGCAAUACCUUGAAAUUGUCACACAAAAACUAAAAAAAAUGUCAUAGUACUCCUAGCAAAGUCUAAGGGAUCUUCAAAAUAUAUUCCAUCUUAAAACAGUAAAUAUUUUCUUUUUCUUAUUUUAAAAAUAGCUUUUGUUUGGUUUGGGCAAAUCUAAGAGUAGUAUGAUAUAGUCUUUUUUUAUUAAAAGAUAUGUUUUAUUGCAUUGAGUUUUGGCUGAUAAAAGUGGUAUUAAAUUAUUAUACUA